AUGUGUCGAGAGGUUCUUCAGAUCGAGCCCUACCAAUUUAAAAUCAGAAGUCCAGAAAGGGGGCAGGCCUGGGAAUCUUUGACAGAAAAGUUAAACGAAAAUUCAUGUCCAAAGUUCCGGGUGACUGCAAGGUCCGUACGAGACCGCUACAACCUCCUUACCAAGAAAAUGGCUGCAAAACUAAAGAGUUAAGAGAAAGCUAGCGCAUUCAAGUUGAAACUUCAGAGCUUGAUGAUCUCUUAGAAGAAAUCCUUGAGAAGGAAAAAAAAAGCUAA